AUGGAGCUUGAACGUCUUGUCGUGGACGUUAGCAAGCAUCGAUUUGUUAAGGCUCAAAUCGAUCAUCGCAGUGGUUGCAUCCGCUUUGGCGCUGCAGACGUAACUUUGGCUGGAGGUGUUGAUUUAGAAGAGGCAGAUGGCUUCACGGGUGAUGAUACGCAACUAGGUGUCGAAGGUAUACGCACACAUUUGGAGCUCAUGUAUAAUAAACUUCGCUCAACUGUAGAGUUACUUGAUGGAGACAAGCGCACCGAAGCUCUUAUCGCACGAGUUAAACAUCACGCAAUCAACUAUGAGCGUACAAAGAACAGCAAGCAGGAGACUGAUCGCAUCCUGGAACGUCGCCGAAAGAUUGAAUAUUAUAAAGAGACGUCAGAGCGUGUGAAGGCUGAACGCUCACAGCAAGCCGCUGCUGAGGCAGCAAAACGUGAAGAAGCCAAACGUGCCGAAGAAAUGAAACGCCUUGAGCAGGAAAAUAUUGAAAGUGAACGAAGAAGAAGAUUGGCCGAACAGGAAGAGGUGCAAAGAAAAAUUAAGCAGGAUCAGCUGCGCAGAAUGCAAAACACGGCAAUUUACCAAGCGAUUGUUCGCGAAAAGGGAGAACAAGUUUUCAAAGACAUGGAUCCCGAAGCUGUGCUUAGAGAACAGCGACAACGUUUGGAUAAGGAACGAAUGGAAACACAACGUCGUCUUCAGCAACAGGAUAAGACAUUUGACCAUUAUAUUCGAGCACUUCACCUUGAAGAGAUGCUAGAAAGGUGA